UCCCGAUCAGUAGCUGAACGCGAAUCAAGUUGUACGGACUGGACUGUGUGUGGUUUAUCUUUAAAAUAAAUUAAUUGUGAUAUUCAAUACUAUUACUAUAAUUAUGCAUUUCGGCAUCUUGGGCAGUGGCGUUGUGGGUCUCACCACGGCUUUAGAAUUGCAACAAAAUUAUCCAAAUGCGCAAAUAACCAUACUAGCCGAUCGUUUUAAUGAAGACACGACGAGUCAUGUAGCCGCGGGCAUAUUCAGACCAGGCACAAGCUUCACUGGACCAAGCAAGGAGAUUACACAACAAUGGAUCAACGAUGCUUUUCACUAUUGGGAUGACAUCCGACGUUCUAAGGAGGCACCGCUUGCUGGCGUGUGUCAGCUAUCAGGCUAUAUUUUCUCUUCCACCUCACCGAAGAUUGUGCGGAACCAAUAUAUCGAGCAACUGUUGCCAGUUUAUCGCCAAGCCAGCGAGGAGGAGUUGAAACUGUGCAAUGGCGAUUGGAAAUAUGGUUCUUUCUUUACCACCUGCCUGACCGAGUGCCGACUCUUCCUGCCGUAUGCAACUAAAAAAUUCAUUGCGGCUGGUGGUCAGGUGACACGUCAAUACGUCAACUCCUUCUCCGAAGUGUCACAGCAAAACUUCGAUUUACUCUUCAACUGUACCGGUUUGGGAGCUAGAGAACUAUGCAAUGACCAACAACUCGUGGCGAUGCGUGGUCAGGUGUUGAAAGUGCGCGCACCUUGGGUGAAACUGGCUUUCUAUGGAGAUUAUGACACAUACAUUCUGCCCGGUUUCGAGGCGGUCACUAUUGGUGGUUGUCGUCAAUAUGACAGUUAUAAUUUAAAUGUUUGUAAAUACGAUUCGAUGGCUAUCAAGGAUCGUUGUUAUGGCAUGUUGCCGAGCCUGAAACGUGCCGAAGUAGUACGCGAGAGUGUGGGAUUGCGUCCACAUCGUGCUGUGGUGCGCGUGGAAAGCGAAAUACUCCGUUUGGCUAAUGGUCGCACUCAGAAAGUGGUUCAUAAUUAUGGACAUGGUGGUUAUGGUGUUACCACAUCGCCCGGCACUGCUAAGUAUGCGGUGAAGCUCGCAAGAGAUCUGUUGGCUGGAAAUAGCAAGUUGUGAAGAUUUUUUAUGAUUGCGAGCAAAAAAAAUUUUUUUUGAUGAAAUGCAUUUUGAAUUUUAUAAAAAAUCUUUCUUAUAAAUUAAAUAGAGAUAAAUUGUAAGGCUAUACCGUUCUUCAAAUACUUAGUAUUUAGAUUAUUUAAAAUAGUGAUAAGCAUAUAAAAAA